AUGUCGCUGCAGAAUGUUUACUACAAGCGAACUGCUGCAACGGCGAAAGCCUGCUAUAUCUGCUACAAGCCAAGUACCACCGUGCUAGCGACGGUCGACACGACAGACUUCCUCUACACCUGUCCUGUUCAUCUGACAGACCCCGGUUUCGCUACUCGUGUUAAAGAUCAUGACAACGAUGACACCAAGAAGCUUAGCGCGAGCGCCGAGGAAAUUGCAAGGGUAAAACAGGAGUGGGAGGAGAAGCAGAAGAGGAUGCGGGAGAAGCAGAAGCAGAAGCAGAAGGAGGAGAAAAGAAAAGAAGACGACAAACAAAAGGUGCCGGAAGAGUCGUCGACGUCCGACAAGAAACCUGAAGCUCCCGGUGCAGGACAACCGACGGUAUCUCCACGACCAACACAUGAACGUUAUGUCCUCCAUCGUCAUAUCUUUAACCUCCGGCUCGCGGAACAUCGCAAGCGGAGACAGGCAGCCCAGGCUAAGACACUGGCACCUCGUUUGCCAGGUAUCCCAUCCAGUACCAUGUCAUAG